GUUCUCCUACCAUUUGCAGCCAAGCAUAACCAGUAGCCUCCACAUUUGCGAUCUCGCUUUCUUGGUUUUGUCCGUCAUGACCAUGUGUCUUGCCAUGGUCCCUUCGGCAGCUAUACUGGUCACUAUCUUGCACUUUUCAGAUGGAACACACAGUUCCUGAUGAUCCAUCAUCGAAAGGGCUUGUCCAACUAGAGAUGUACGUACUUUCAUCCGUGCUUGUCGUCGGCGGACGGAGGUCUACUCACGGACGGACUAAUUAGCUCAUUCACAUAAUGCCGACAUGCUGCUGUGUUCUAUUAACGUGUAUUCUGGGUGGUAGUUUAUCGCUCUUGACGACCGUUAGAAUACGGUGACGCUGAAUAUCUCCGAAUGAGAGCUCGGCGCGCUUAAGGCUUGAAAGCAGGAUCCGAGGUGCCAUAGCUCGAGUCUGCCAAUCUUUCGUUCGUCCUGCGAUGUAUUCCAACAAGACUCGUGAAGAGGCAAUUUCCCUGCUAGACACAAGUGUCCACAGCUCUGAAGAAGAGUUUGAUAAACUUGAAGGUGUCAGCCAUGGCAUGUCGACCUCGGGGCGUUUGAGGACUUCUCUGGUUUCGCGAUUGGGUGGAUGGAUACCUGCUGCUGUCUUGUCGUUCAUCGUACUCGACAUUGCCCUCUUCAUAUACACUGCUCGACUUCUCCUUGCCACUUGCGACGUCGCAUUCGGUACACUCGAGGUUCGUAACACAUACGUCGGGCUCGACGAGCUCUACGCUACCGGCCAUGUAAAUGCUUCUGAGCAUCCCCCGAUCCUGAAUCGUCCUCGAGUCGUCACUCAGGUCACCAGCUCAAACCCAAACAAGGUUUUCCCAAUUGACCAGCUGAGAGGUAUGACAAGUACUGGCACAAUGUCUCCUCCUGAUUCACAUUUGCAUGUCUCCGGUGAUACCCACACCAUCGCCCAGUUCAGAGUCCUCGAUUGGGGAAUGGAGCGUUGUCAACUAGCGAUUCGUCUCCCAGCUCUCAGCGCUUCCCUCCCACACCCCUUCGUCUUCCAGGGUGACCCAAGUGCUGGUGUACAACUCGAAAUUUGCGAGCUUGAUGCCGACAAGAAAUUGUACUUGGACGCAACGAAGAUCUCUUGGAACACAAAGGCGAAAUGCGUUAAGCACGUGGGUACUGUCGUCGCCCGACCCGAUAAUGAGGUCAAAUUACCGGAAUUCCCCUGUAAAUGGGGCGUCCAGCAUACCUUCGAGAUCUCCUGUUCUGACAGAGAGAAGUGCAUGAUUGAUGUGAGACCUACUCAAGUUGAUCCGUGGGGUGUAUUCAUGUAUCAAUAUCAAACAGUUUGAGAAUCAUUCACCUGAAAGAAAAACAUGUAAAUAGCACAGUUGCAGAUAUUCAUAAUAAUGGUUGC